AUGGGGCCGCGCCGGGCGCUGCUGCUGCUGCUGCUGCGCUCGCAGGUGCUGUCCCAGAUCACGGUCCCGCUGCGGCUGCCGGCAAACGCGACGGGAGAGACGGACGCGGUGUCCUACGUCCUCAGGAUCGAGGGGCGGCCGUACACCAUUCACCUGCAGCAGCAUGUCUUUUUAUCUGAUGAUUUCAGGAUUUACAUGUCUAACGAGAAGGGAUCUUUGCACUCUGAUUCAACCCGUAUCAAGGGAGGCUGCCACUACCGGGGGUACAUCGAGGGCUUCCCCAGCUCGGCAGUGACCCUCAGCACCUGCUCGGGGCUCAGGGGCUUGCUGCAGUUUGAGAACGUCAGCUACGGGAUUGAGCCCCUGGGUUAUUCUCCUGCGUUCGAGCACUUUGUGUAUCGAAUGAGUGAUGAGAACACGGUAGGUUCCCUCUUUGCCAACAGCCACCCGAAGAAGGGGCCAGGCGGGCUGACAGAGCCACUAUCAGCUGCAGCACAAUCUGCCAAAUACUUCAAAGUGUAUGUAGUUUUGGACAAGGCUUUGUACAACUAUAUGGGUUCAGACACGAAUGCUGCAACGCAGAAGAUAAUCCAGGUCUUCAAUUUAGUCAACAAUAUGUUUAAUCCUCUUAAUGUUACUGUUGUGCUGUCCUCCCUGGAGCUGUGGACACAGGAGAAUAAAAUAUCAACAGCAGGGGAAGCAGAGGACCUUCUACAGCGAUUUUUACAGUGGGAACAGUCAUAUCUCGCUCUGCAGUCGUAUGACACAGCUUAUCUAUUGGUGUACAGGGACCGAGCAGCGUUCGUGGGUGCAACGGCUCCAGGAAAGGCGUGUCAGAGAGACGCUGCUGGCGCAGUGGCCGUGUACCAAGGGGCCGUGACGCUGGAGUCUUUCUCCGUCCUCCUGGCCCAGUUGCUGGGACGCAGCCUGGGCAUGAGCUAUGACAACUCCCGAGACUGCCGCUGCCCCGGGCGCAUCUGCCUCAUGAGCCCGGAGGCGCUACAUUUCAGUGGGGCAAAAGCCUUUAGCAGCUGCAGCAUCAGGGACUUUGAAACCUUCCUGAAGCACGAUGGAGGCGCGUGCCUUUUCCAUAGACCCCACUUGACCGGACUGUCCUACCGGAGAGCGGCCAUCUGCGGCAAUGGCAUCGUGGAGCCUGGCGAGCAGUGCGACUGCGGGGCAGCAGGGGCAUGCUUGAAGGAUAAAUGCUGUACUAAAACAUGUCAGUUUAAGCCAGGAGUGAAAUGUUCCUCUGGAUUAUGUUGUAAUGAGUGUCAGUUCAAGCAGAAAAACUCGCAGUGCCGCCCCCCCGCCGACGCGCAGUGUGACCUGGCCGAGUUCUGCAACGGGUCCUCCGCGUCCUGCCCCCCCGACCUGUACGUGCAGGACGGGCACGGCUGUGAGCGCGGCACCGGCUACUGCUACAAGGGACGCUGCCAGUCUCCAGAUCUGCAGUGCCAGGCGCUUUAUGGGAAAGGUUCAAAAAACGCUCCUGUGGCAUGUUACGAGGAACUGAAUAGUCAGCGGGACAGGUUUGGACACUGCGGGUUCCAGCCCAGGCAAGGCUAUAAGUCCUGCGCUUGGAGGAAUCUCAGAUGUGGAAAGUUAAUCUGCACAUACCCGUACAGCACUCCAUUUCCGUCAGAUGCUGCUGCCGUUCUUUACGUCCAAGUGCGCGAGCAUUUAUGUGUAUCUUUGGAUUAUUUGAAUGCACCGGCAAGGCUGGAUCCUCUUCUGGUUCCGCCAGGUACAAAGUGUGGUUCUGGAAAGGUGUGUAUAAACAGCACUUGUCACCCACAUUCGGUCCUGGGAUAUGACUGUGACAGCGCAGUGAAGUGCCAUGGCCACGGCGUGUGCAAUAAUAAGAAACACUGCCACUGCCACCCUGGCUGGAAGCCCCCCGACUGCCAGCGGAAGGGAUCCCGCUUGGGGGGCAGCGUCGACAGUGGCCUCCAGGUGACGGACGGUGGCCUCUCCCUGCGGCGAGCGCUGGAGGACGCGACGCUGGCCUGGCUCGUGCUGGGCUCCUGCCUCUUCCUCCUCAUCCUCGCCAGGGCCGCAUGCCUCGUCCUCCGGCGGCAGGUGCUGGGCCGGCGCUGCGGGCAGCAGCCCCCAGGCUCGGAGGGCUCCGCCGCCGCGGAGGGCAGCGACCGCUCGGAGCUGGAGCCGGACCCGGAGCUGGAGCCGGACCCGGAGCUGGCGCUUGACCCCGAGCCCGAGCCCGGCCCGCAGCCGCGGCCGCGGCGCGGGCGCUAA